AAUAAGUGUUACUAAUAUAACAAUUUAUAUGAUAUUAUUAAUUAAUACUCUAUUUCCAAAAAAAAAAAAACACCUACUUUGUACUUACCGAUAUAAUUGUCCAUGGACCAUGAUGAUGACCAUGUGUUCCACAUUUUGUGCUGAAUUCAUUUGCCGACCCAUAUAUAAAGAUAUUUUAAAAAAAAACCAUGAUAUAUAACGAUAUUAAUAUUGAAUUUAAAAAUUUAUUUCCCAGCAACUCCCCUCCCAAAAAUCACGUUUAAAAUCGCACAUACGGUAAAUAUGCAGACUCUUCCACCUCCAUUAAUCAUCCCUUUUUCAUGGCACAAACUCAUGAAAAUCCGAUGGCCGCCGCCGUGCUCCACCGCUGCCAAAUCCAGCCGUCGCCGGAUACGGUGGCGGAGCUUACUCUCCCGCUCCUCCACUUCGACAUCACGUGGCUCUACUUCCACCCCGUCCAACGCCUCCUCUUCUUCGACCUCCCCUGCUCCAAACGCCAUUUCUUAGAAGUCAUAGUUCCCGAGCUCAAAAAUUCCCUGCUCGUAACCCUCAAUCAUUUCCUGCCCCUCGCAGGAAACAUCGUGCAUCCGAUCAACUGCGGCAGACCGUUUUCCAGGUUCGUGAUCGGCGAUUCGGUCUCGCUCACCGUCGCCGAGUGCGAUAAGGAUUUUAAGCACCUCACCGGCAACCAUCCGCGGCUCUCCGACGAGUUUUACGCGUUCGUGCCGGAGCUUCCGCCGGCGAAAAUUUCGCCGGAGGCGGUCGUGCUGCCGGUUCUCGCGCUGCAGGCGACGCUCUUCCCCGAUCACGGCGUCUGCCUAGGGUUUACGAACCACCACGCGAUCGGCGACGCCAGCACCAUCGUCCGAUUCAUCAAAGCCUGGGCCUCCAUCAACCGAUUCGGCGGCGAUGCAAAGCUGAUCGACGAGAAAUCGCUGCCGUUCUACGAUCGGACCUCCGUCGCCGACGCCGGCGGAUUGGACGCGAAGUAUUGGGAGAUCGUGAAGCGGACGCGCGGCGUGGAGCCGCGGCGGUUCUCGUUCCCGUUCAACAAGGUGCGCGCCACCUUCCUGAUCCGCCGCGACGACGUCGAGACGCUCAAGGCCUUCGUCGCGCGGCGGCGGCCGGAGAUGCAUAUCACCGCCUUCACGAUGACGUGCGCGCUCGUCUGGGCGUGCCUGGUGCGGGCGGAGGCCGGAUCGGCUCCCGACUACGAGGCGGAGUACUUCUGCUUCGCCGCCGACUGCCGCGGGCGGCUGGAUCCGCCGCUGCCGGCGACGUACUUCGGCAACUGCCUCGCGCUCGUGAAGGCGAAGUCGACGCACGGACUGCUGAAGGGGAAGGAAGGCUUCCUCGUCGCGGCGGAGAGCCUCGGGGUUGCGAUACAGAGGACGGUGUACAACGAGAAGGGGAUUCUCGACGGCGCGGAGGCCUGGCCGGCGGAGUUCCGGAACCUGAUCGGGAAGCGCCUCUUCGGCGUCGCCGGAUCGCCGCGGUUUGAUCUCUACGACGCCGACUACGGCUGGGGACGGCCGCGGAAGUUCGAAUCGGCUUCGAUCGACAGAGACACGUCGAUGUCGCUCUGCAAAUCCAGAGAUUUCGACGGCGGAUUGGAAUUCACGCUGUCGCGGCCGAAGAGGAUUUUGGAUGCAUUUGCCGCUGUUUUCACUGAAGCGAUCAGGACUCUCUGAAAAAUCGCGGCGGCGAUAAUUAGGCUCCAGAAAUUGGGAUUUUUUCCGGCAGCGGCGGUGGAUAUAUUUAAUUACUGGAAUCGGGUAAUUUUAUUAACAUUUAACAGAUUUUGAUUUAGGUUGAUUCAUUUAAUUAUGCAUUUUUAACUAUUGAAUAUGAUUGUGAUUUGUACAUAUAAAAUAGUAAAUCCGUUUUAACGUUUAUGAACUACGGUGGAGUAAAUUAUUCAAAUGUUUUGUAAA